AUGGAUCUUCACUGGCUAAAGAAGAAGAGGUUCUGGUCAGGCUCCUCUGGUUCCAGUACCAGGUCAGCUGACAGUGUGGGCGUGGUAGUCAUCAGACAGCCAUCCAGGAGUCGCAUCCGCCAUCAUACCAACCGCUUGUCUGCUGUGUUCCAGCGAGGCUCCGCCCAUAACGCCACCGCUAUGGCCUUACCCGGGUUACCUGGAAUACCUAGCCAUGCUUGGAAGGAGUCGAAUGACAGAAUUUCUCCCGGGGAUGCAUCAAUGACAGACGACCCUGCUGAACUGUCCAAUCAGAUAACGGCCCCAGGCAUUCUGAAGAUCUUUGGCAGUGAGAUCUGCCAGGGGGCCAACUACAAGAGCGUCCUGGCAACAACACACUCCAGUGCUAAGGAGCUGGUCAAAGAGGCACUGGAGAGGUACGGUCUGAACAAGGAAGAGGCGGAGUCAUAUGUUCUCUGCGACUCCAUUGGCUACGUGGGUGACCACCAGUGGAAGACGGAAUGCUUCCGGGUCGUCAGUGACAACGAGAAGCCCCUCCUCCUGCAGUCACUAUGGAAACCCAGGGAGGGUUUGGCGAGGCGGUUUGAGAUCCAGAGGAGAGCCAGUGUGGAGGAAAAGAGAUCAAGAGACAAGGACACGGUCACUGCUGGCAUCAACGCCCAGGCUCGUAAACUCCAGAAGAGCCGCUCUCGAGUCACCUCUGCCCUGAUCGAGAGGAGGAGUGUGUAUGUGACCUCUACCCAAGAGAGGGGUGUGUGUGGGGCUCGGAACCAAAAGGAAAGGGGUGGGAGGGUAUGUGGGGGCCAGAACAAGUCUGAACGGGGGCCGGGUCUGUGGAGGAGCCAGAGUGAAGCAGACCUCUCAUCCCAGUCCACAGAAACACAACAGAAACACCAACAGAACCCUACUGAGCCCCUUAGUCAGAACCCAAAUGAGUUCCACACUCCCAGUCAAGACGAGAACCACAAUCAGUGUCACAGUCAGGACCAUGAACAGAAUGUGGAACGGAAUCACAAAUUGAACCCCGAUAAGAACCUCAAACAGAGAGAUGGAGAGAGCUACGUUGACGCCAAUGUUUCCCCUCUGGAGGACCCUGGAUCAGAGACUUACACAGAGCCCCUCUGUCCUUCCCCUGAGAUGGAGAUAGAGAGGGAGAGAGAGAGGGAGGAGACAGAGAGCAGUGACGAUAACAUAACACUUUACUCCAUUCACCCUCCCCAAGACUGCCCCUACCUACUGCUGCUACAGGGCUACAGCAACAGACAGGACUUCGUCAUCUACCUGCUGAACGGUUCAAGCACUUUGAUUGGUCGAUGUAGUGGCGAAGACAAGGAGAGGUCAAAGGUUGACUUCCCGCUCUCUGCCCCCGACAUCCUGCCUCUUCACUGCUGCCUAUGUCGUCAUGACCACAACGAUAAAGGUUGUUCCACCGUCCGCCUCCGUCCCUUCCACAGUGCUAUGGUAACACGGAACGGGGAGACGUUGUCCAAAGAGGCAGAGCUUAGUCCAGGUGAUGUCAUCGGGAUGGGACGACACUACCUAUUCCUGUUCAAGGACCCCACUGCCUGGGUUGUUAUGCAGAAGGUGAAGGACCCCACUUCUUCUCCCGAUCCUACAGUUACUGCUGCUCCCGGGGUUCUGCCCCAGGCCACUACACUCCCUACUAGUGAACCAGCACUCUGCAACACCUGUAUCUCAGCUAGGAGGGAAUCUAGUGGGACCAGAGAAAUAAGGUCUAGAAGGGCCACAGCUUGCCUAAAAAAACCUGAUGGUCGCGACCUGAACCUACUCUACGCUGUGGAGCACGAGGAUGCCGUCGUCAAGGAAAUCGUUGCCAUGGGGAGUGUCCAUAGAAACAAGCCGCCGUUGACUGUAGCAUUCCUGCUGAGUGUGUGUGUCGAACAUUCCGCCACACACCUCCAAACCUCAGACCUCCGCAGACUACUGCUGCUCAUAGCCAGCCAGGUCCAGAAUGCCAUGUGGGAACACACCAAGGAGCUUGCUGCUAAUCAACCAGAAGUUCUCUGUAGUGACCCAGAGGAGCAGCAGCCUCUCAACCUGGCAGAACUGGUCUCAGGCCUGCGUACCCUGGUGGUCUGGAUGUCCAACGCCCUGGAGCUGCUGUAUUACAUCCAACAGCAGAUGCCCCAAACACUGGCCUGGAGGUCACAUAGAGAACAAGGAGUGGAGGCAGAGGGAGAGGAACACGAUGACAAGGAGGAUGAAGAGAGGGAGGAGGAGAGUAUGGCCCUGUUGGAGAUGAGGCUGUCGUGUGUGAGGUCGGCCAGUGAAGAAACCAUGACGGUUCUGGAGGAAGUUAUCAUGUUGACCUUUCAGCAGUGUGUCUACUACCUCACCAAGACUCUGUACCCAAUUCUGCCUAGUUUGCUGGACAGUGACCCAUUCAGGGGGAGCAGUGGGCUGCUUCUCCCCAAGCAAAAUGAGCCGUUCCUGGAUAGUGGUGGUGUGCAGGUCCCUGGAGAGACAGACCAGGUCCUGGAGGUACUGACAGAGACCAGCAGACUGCUACAGGACUGUCAGCUCCACCAUGAGAUCUCCUCUCAGCUCCUGGCCUAUCUCUUCUACUUCAUCAAUGCUUCACUGUUCAACACACUCAUGGAGAGAGGUUCAGAGGAUGAAUUCUACCAGUGGUCCAGAGGGGUCCAUAUCAGCGCUAACCUAGACCUGCUACUGGACUGGGCCCAAGGGUCUGGACUGGGUGACUUGGUUGUGGAACAUCUCCACACACUCUCCUCUGCUGUCAACCUACUGGCCACUCCAAGGGAACAACUAAUGCAGUCCUCCUGGGAGUCCCUGCGGUGUGUGUUCCCCAGUCUGAGUCCAGCCCAGCUCCACCACCUGCUGAGAGGCUACAGCCCAGCCACACCCUGGCCCCCACACUGGGCCCCUUCUGAUGAGGAUCAACUAGCUACACAGAACACUGCUGAUAUCCUGGAGAGUUUUGACAGCCACCCUCCCCUGGUGCUGCCCAGCUCUGGUUUCAGCCUGUGGCUCGGGGGAGAGGUGACAGACUCAGGCCUGGCUGGACAGCUCAGGAGGCUGCAGGAGUUUAUCAGCAACCUGUCUGUCAAAGAGUCACCAGGGAACUUCAGUCAUACGCACACGCAACAGGAUUAUGGUGUUCCCACGGAAGCCAAGCUGACAAAAAUGGCAACUCUCCCAAAGGCCUCCCUGGAGUCUCUCGAACCCCCCCCCGUAGAGAAGCAAAGCCCUUCUCCCCCAAGUGAUUUGAACUCUUGUGGGGCCCUACUGACCCAGAAGCUGAAGAGUCUGGAGCUCCAGUUCAGAGAGACAGACCUAAGCACCCUCACCCAGAGGAGGUCUGCCCUGGACCCCUCCUGCCUCCUCACCCCUCCUAACACCCCCCACAGCCUGGAGCUGGUUGAACCAGAGACUGAGCAUCAGGAGGAUGAAGAGGUGUUUACUCUAGAGCUACAGAGAGGAGACAGAGGACUGGGAUUGGCUCUGGUGGAUGCAAGGCUGUCCAGGACCAGUGGUGUUCGUGCUGUAUGA